AUGGUCGAUAGUAACUUGUUCGAACUUUCCAACAACGCAUUACCAAUUGUUCGAUGCCUGUUCCAAUUUUAUAUCAUUCUAGUCGUUUCUACUGUUUAUCACAUUCAAUGCAUUGGAAAAAAGAAGCCUACGAAGAGGAGUUCUGCAGGUCUUAAGGACGACCAUGAAACGGUCCUCAAGGUUGAAUCGACUCCACCGCCGACUGAGACUGAAACUAGUGACCUCGUCACCGUUAACGAAACUCCAUCCUCGUUGGCUGAGAAAAGCCAAAAGUACCACAGCAUUGCAGCAACUCCUACAACGAUCGAUUAUGGAACUAUCGCUGCAGCCACGGAAUCUUCGAGUGUCUGGGCAUCAGAUGUAAUGAAGGUGCUUGAUAUACAUGAAAGGAAACCAAAACCUGCUACCUUUACCACAACAUCGCACAUGGUCGGAUAUAGAAGCGACGAAUCUCUUAUAGAUGCAAGAACUCAACCUACGGUACGUUUGAAUGUGAUUAGAUGGUCUAUCUAG